UUGUGAAUUUUUUCAACGGUUGCUCGAUAUCUCACACAGCUGAAUUAAUACAAGAAUGCAAUUACCGAAGAAUUAUCAUUGUUAUCGUUGUUGACGCCAGUAAUAGCAUCUACAUAGUACGAUUACUCGGUCAUUUUAUUUCGCCAUGAUUUUGGUAUUUGUUUUCGUCCAAUUACGAUCAAAAUUAAAUACAGAACUUUUUACCAAUGAUUCAUCAAAAACUUUUCUUGCUUUAUCAAUUUUAAAAUAGAUAUAAAAUUUGCUUUCACGCGGAUGCAAUAUCAGUCUUUGAGUGUACUUGUAUUCGAAUCGAGCUAACUGUAUAAUCGGUAACAUAACCUCAGUGCUAAGGUAGAAAGCGACUACGCACGUGGUGCGUAUUAUGGCUCUCUUCGUUUUAUAAUAAAUCAAAUCACUUUAUUUAUUAUAUUACGAUAAACAUUUAUUAAUCGAAGAAAUUAAACUUUGAACAUUGUUAAUAUCAAUUUCCGAUUUACAUUUGUGGUACAUUAAAAUCCUGCACAAAAAUGGCUUCGCCAUUUACUUGUAUCACAUGUCGUGUGGCAUUUCGUGAUUUAGAAGUGCAAAGGCAACAUUACAAGUCGGAUUGGCACAGAUACAACUUAAAAAGAAAAGUAGCUGAAUUACCUCCUGUUACGGUUGAAGAGUUUCAGAAGAGGGUAAUCGCGCAAAGGAACAAAGAUGACAAGGAAAGAGAAGAAGAAGUAACGAAUUGCAAAAUAUGCAGAAAAAAUUUUAAUACGAAAAAUCAGUAUGAAAAUCAUUUAUUGUCGAAAAAACACAAGGAGAAAUAUGCCAAACAUGACGGAAAUUCGGAAACUACGAGUAAAGAAUUAAAUAGUAAUGCUGGUUCUUCCCCUAAUUCUGAAACAAAGAAUGUUAACGAGGAAAGUUCUAGCAGCAGUAGUAAACAAUCGACGGACGACAUGGAUGUAGAUUCCGAGGUCGAGUCUGUAGAUUCCGACGAAUGGGUCGAAUAUACCGAAAACCCAGUAAGAAACAACAAUUGCUUGUUUUGCAAUCAUCAUAGUAGAUCUUUGGUGCGCAAUUUGAAACACAUGACUGUUGCGCAUUCGUUCUUUAUACCGGAUCCGGAAUAUUGCAUAGAUAUCAAAGGUAUACUUAUUUACCUAGGAGAAAAAAUUUUUGCAGGAUACAUGUGCAUUUGGUGCAACGGUUCUGGCAGAAGUUUUCAAAGCGCGGAAGCUGCCAGAACACACAUGAUCGACAAAGGACAUUGUAAAAUGUUGCACGAAGGAGACGCGCUCGCAGAAUACGCAGAAUUUUACGAUUAUUCGUCGAGUUACCCAGAUGCAGAAACCGGCGAUCCAGAUGCGGAAGUUGAAAUACCCGAAUUAGAUGAUAACGACUAUCAACUAGUAUUACCAUCGGGAAACGUUAUCGGGCAUCGAUCGCUGAUGAGAUAUUAUAGACAAAACUUAAAUCCGAAUAGAGCGGUUGCGAUACCAAAAAGUGAAAAAUUGCGUAAAGUGCUCUCACAGUAUAGAGCGCUUGGAUGGACAGAAACGCAACACGAAGCUGCUGUAAAGAAGGCCAGGGAUAUCAAAUAUAUGCAAAGAAUACAAGCUAAAUACUCUACGCAAUUACAAUUUAAAGCAAAUAAACUACAAAAAUAUUUCAGACCCCAAGUAAACUUUUAGGUCUCGCUAUUGUAUGUAUAAAUAUUGUUGCAAGACUGCAUUCCUUUUUAAAUUAUAUAAUUCUUAUGAAGAAUAAAUUGUUAGGCAUGCUUACUGCAUUGCAUAUUUAUACAGUUAUCGCAGAAAUAAAGUUGUACUUAUUUAGUUGGAAC